ACCAGGACAACCUCACUUUGUCGGUGAUCAAUGUCUUGGUCUUCUUUCUCUUUGCCUUUGAGGAAGCGUUGAUGUGUUGGGUGGCGCCUGGCUAUCUCUUCUCAUUGCGUUUCGUCAUGGACACCUGUGCUACCGUCAGUAUCCUCGGAGACACUGCGAUAGCUGCGGAGAUUAUCCGCACUGAUGCAGCGGUAGCGAUGAGGACAACCCGAGCUAUGAGAGGUGCAGGGCGAUCAACAAGAUUGAUAAGCAUCCUCCGAAGUCUGAGAGUCUGGCAGAUACUCAAGUUGCUGCCGCGAUUGCAGCGUUUGACUGAAAGCGGGACCAAAGAAUUGGCGACGUUGAUGUGGCACAAACGCCUGCAGAAUGUCGCAGGGUACAUCGACACAGAGGGCACCGGCGAACUUUCGGAUGAAGACAUGGACUUCUUCACUGCAGCGUUGAGACUUGAAUUCCCCAAGCCACCGGAGGAGGACAAGUACCAAUUCAUGUGGAUAUUGGAGAGGAUCCAGGAGUCCAGUUAUGCCGCGACUGCCAGGAGUUGGGGGCGGACCUUACUCGCUUGGAGGAGUUCCCACCAGGUUGAGGAAGCAGACUUUAGUCGCUAUAGUAUAGAGAUCCGAUCUUGCUGGGACAUGGACAUGGGCAAAAGAGCCUUUCGCCGUUGCUUGGACGAUAUCACCAUGAUGAAGGCGUCGUGUACAGUGCUCUACCAGUCUAUGCUCGGGUUGAUUCUCAAAAUUUGUAUCAUAGUUUUGGCGCUGCUGCUCAUGAUGCAGUUCGUCGACGGUUCAGUUCCGGAGCUUGCCCGAAAGCAGGGCUUGGCACAACUGCAGGUCAUUGACUCGGAGGAAGCGUCAGAAGACGUGUUUUGCUCAAUGGCGAGAGACCACUUUGUCAAUAGCUUCCAGCGCUGCAAAUUGAUCACGCUGGUCGUCAACCGGCGAGUCUGGUGGAAUGAGACGUGUAAAUGCUGUGGUGGCGCCUAUCGGUCUAUCUCUAGCCUUGACCAGGCAUUGAAGCUGAUCGACUACGCCGUAGAUUCCACAGGCUUCGAGGCCCAUGAGAUCUUAUUGGAACAACCGCAGGUGAAUGACUUCUCGACCUUUGGUGUCUUCGACAUCCACCAGCAAUGGCGGUACGAAGCUGCUGAGAGCUUGAAGUUUACACUGUCGGUGGUGGCAAUGCUGGCCAUCUUGAUGCUUUACUUCUCCGCUGACAUCAUCCAUAUGUCAAGCAACAAUUGCUUGCAUCCCUUGUGGGAUCUCAUGGACGACAUGAAUGCCAUGAAACUCAUCGAGCUCAUCACCACCAACAGUAGCUCUGGUGUCCGAAAGAUUGAGCAAGUGCCAGAAGCGGCUGAAGAGCUAGAGACCAGGAGCAGGUGUCAAUGCAAGGCCUUUGCCCCCGUCCCAGUGGCACAAGAGCUGCUGGGCCUGCGGAGAGCCAUGGCCCUUUUGGAGUCUGCGAUGAUUGCAUGGUCCAAGUAUGUGCCCGUGAUCCUAUUGAAGCAAGUGAUGAAUGCAGGAGUCGAAGCCAACAUCGGAUGUAUACCAUCCAAAGUGACAAUCUUCUUCUGCGACAUCCAGGGCUUCAAGGACAUUUGCAAGGGCAAGGAUCCCACCGAGGUGCUCUCUCUGUUGGAGCUGGUGCUGCAAGCCGUGAACCAGGCUCUUGAGCAGAAUGGUGGGACGCUCCUGGAGUUCAUCGGCGACGAGGUCUUGGCAGUCUUCAACGCUCCCAAGAAGAUUGAAAUGCACAACUUAGCAGCUGUGAAUGCAGCCAUUGCAGCCAUUGAAAGCUCCGCUGAUUUGGAGGACGAACCCGUCAACCUGCAAUGCAGUGUGCACACGGGCGAAGUCUUAGCUGGCAACAUUGGCUCACCUACGCGCAUGAAGUACGGUCUACUGGGUGACGGUGUCAAUCUGGCUGCCCGGCUCAAGAGCCUCAACACGCGUUAUGGCACGCAGCUUCUGGUGAGUGCUGAGACAUUGCAGUCUUCGGUGGGAGAUCUCUUUGUGGCCAGGACCGUUGGAAAGCUUGUGUUGAAAGGCCGUACGACGCCCACGCACACGCUGGAGGUGAUUGGCCGCAAAGGACAAGUGCCGCCGGACUUGGAACAAGCCGCGGAGUUUCACGAGGAGGCCAUCGAGCAUUUUGGACAGGGCCACUUCGAAGAAGCCAAGGUCCUUUUUGAGCAAGCGAACCGAAUUUUCGUCCAGUACGACGAGGGCCCUUGCCCGCAGGACAAGCCCUCUUCGCACAUGAUUGACCUGUGUGACCUGUACAUCGAAAAUCCACCGGACCUCACGCAGUGGGAUGGAUCGGAGCAUCUCAACAAGAAGGCUUGGUCCUAACUGCAAGCCCAAAGAUGGCAUCAUCACUGGCAGCUGUGUAUCGAUGUGUAUCUGUGACGUAUUCCUUUCUUACUAGUAGC